AUGGCUUCACAGAUUCAUUUCCUUGAUAUAAAGGGGAAGCCAUUACUUUCGAGGGAUUAUAAAGGAGACAUCCCAUCGAACUCAAUUGAAAGAUUCCCAUUGCUAUUAUUGGAAUUAGAAAAUGAAGAUGAAUCAAAUUAUAAACCGUUUAUAAAUGAUCAAGGAAUUAAUUAUGUUUUUAUAAAUCAUAAUAACUUAUAUUUAUGUGCAUUGACCAAACGAAAUGAAAACAUCAUGGCGAUUAUUGUGUUUUUGUCUAAAUUAAUUGAAGUAUUAACCCAGUAUUUUAAAAGUUUAGAAGAAGAAUCAAUUAGAGAUAACUUUGUUAUAAUUUAUGAAUUAUUAGAUGAAAUGAUGGAUUACGGAAUUGCCCAAACAACUGAUACCAAGAUAUUGAAAGAAUAUAUUACUCAAGACUAUUAUAAAUUGAUUAAAAAUUCCCAAUCCAGAGUUAUUAAACCUCCAAAUGCAGUAACAAAUGCGGUUUCUUGGAGAUCAGACGGUAUUAGUUAUAAGAAAAAUGAAGCAUUUUUAGACGUUGUGGAAAGUAUCAAUAUGUUAAUUAAUGCAAAUGGUCAAGUGUUAAAUAGUGAAAUCUUGGGUGAAAUUAAAAUUAAAUCUCAUUUAAGUGGUAUGCCCGAUCUAAGAUUAGGUUUAAACGAUAAGGGAAUCUUCACUUCUAACUUAGAUAACGAUUCAAAUGAAACUUCAAUAACUGGUAAUAAAAAAGGUAUUGAAAUGGAAGAUAUUAAAUUUCAUCAGUGUGUUAGAUUAUCAAAAUUCGAAAAUGAACGUAUAAUCACUUUUAUCCCUCCCGAUGGUGAGUUCACUUUAAUGUCUUAUAGACUAUCGUCGGCUCAAUUUUUGAUGAAACCUUUGAUUCACGUGAAUUGCAAAACAAUUGUUCAUAAACAUUCAAGAAUUGAAAUCAAAUGCAGUGUUAAGGCUCAAAUUAAGAAAAAAUCAACCGCUAAUAACGUAGAAGUUAUUAUUCCUUUACCCGAUGAUGCUGACACUCCAAAAUUCUUACCUGAUUAUGGUACUGUUAAAUGGAUUCCAGAAAAAUCUUGUCUUAUUUGGAAAUUGAAAACUUUCCCCGGUGGGAAACAAUUUCAUAUGACAGCUGAAUUAGGUUUACCUGCUGUGGUUGACAAUGAAGAUAUCAUUCUGAAAAAACCAAUCAAGGUUAAUUUUUCAAUUCCUUAUUUCACUACUAGCGGUAUUCAAGUUAGAUAUUUAAGAAUUAACGAACCUAAAUUACAAUAUCAAUCUUACCCUUGGGUCAGAUACAUUACUCAAUCUGGUGAUGAUUAUACCGUUAGAACUAAGUAA